UUUCUGUUCCUCUCCACACCUCUCUCCCCCCUCCUGUUCGUGCCCAAGCUCAGCACAACCCACACUCGCUUUUUCUCCCCGUCUCUCCGAAGACGAAGGCGCGAACUAUGAAUUCCACGACCACCUCGACCGCCUCGCUGACCUCCUCGGACCCCGCGUAUGCCCUGCAGCCUGCAACGCUCGGUGAUGUCCAAUCGCUUGGGGAUGAGAUGGAUAUAUUCUGGUUGAUGUUUGGCGCCAUCCUCGUCUUCUUCAUGCAGACUGGAUUCGCCAUGCUGGAGGUCGGUUCCGUGUCCAUCAAGAAUACCAAAAACAUCUUGAUCAAGAACAUUGGCGACGCCUCCCUGGGCGCCAUCUGCUGGUGGCUGUUAGGCUACGGUGUCGCCAUGGGAGAUACUAAGGGUCGUUUCAUCGGAAGCAACGCCUUUGCCCUCAAGGGCGACCACUUCGAGGCGGACGACGGCACCCUCACCAACGGCUACAAUUACGCCAUGUGGCUGUUCCAGUGGGCCUUCGCUGCAACCGCCGCCACCAUCGUGUCGGGGGCUGUGGCCGAGCGCGUGUCCUUCAACGCGUACAUCAUCUACUCUAUUGUCCUGACGUCGUUCAUCUACCCCGUUGUCGUGCACUGGGGCUGGGGCGGCGGGUGGGCCUCCGCCUGGAUGGAAGAGGACCUCCUGUUCGGCUGCGGUGUCAUUGACUUCGCCGGUUCUGGCGUCGUCCACAUGACCGGCGGCCUCGCCGCACUCUGCGCGGCCAUCGUCGUGGGACCCCGCACCGGCCGCUUCAACGAGGAUGGCACCUCCAACUCCCUCCCCCAGCAGUCCGCGGUGCUCCAGUCGCUCGGCACGCUCAUCCUCUGGUUCGGAUGGUAUGGGUUUAACGGUGUGUCCACACUCGCCAUCAACGGCCUUGCCGGAGUUGCCGCGAAGACUAUGGUGACCACCACCAUCUCGGCUGCCUUCGGUGCCGUCACGACUGUCCUCCUGGGCAAGCUUCACGUCGGGUAUUGGGACGCAGGGGCCGCCAACAACGGUCUCCUUGCAGGUCUCGUGGGCGUCACCGCGGCCUGCUCUACCUGCGAGCCCGAGGGCGCUAUGGUGAUAGGCAUCAUUUCCGGCUUCGUGUACACCUACGCCUCCAAGAUGCUUGUGAAGUUCAAGAUCGACGACGUCGUGGACGCCAUCCCUGUCCACUGCUUCUGCGGAGCGUGGGGUGUGUUCGCCGCGUCGCUCUUCGCGACAAAAGACAACUAUAGCGCGGCUUACUACGACCGCGCGGACAAGUGCGCGGGUGUCUUCUACGGCGGCGAUGGAAAUGCCGUCGCUGCCAACGUGGUGUUCAUUCUGGCCGUCAUCGCAUGGGUCGUGGUUACGUGCUUGGCCCUGUUCGUAGGGAUCAACGCUGUCGUCGGUAUGCGUGUGGACAAGGAGAUGGAGCAAAUUGGCAUGGACGACUCCAAGCACGGAGGCCAGACCUACCCAGAGAUGCUGAAGGGGGCCACCUCGGCGUAAAUUUUCUUUUUGGUUUCGCCAAUGCCACGCGGCGGCCACCUGGUGAUCGUCCCACGACCCUGGGUCCCGAUCUGUUGCAACUCAGAUGCAAGAGGCCGUCAGUGACGAGUCAGCCGGCUUCUCGCGCGCACUUGAAUGCGUGGGCGAACGCUGCUGGGCUUGGUUGUAGAAGGAAUAAUGAAAUGUAGCUAGCGGACGUCUGAUGGUAUACGCUCGGGCCCUUCCUGAGCCGUUCUGGCGUGUUUUUUUUUCCCCAGACACAGGUUUGGCUUGUCGCUUUUGGUGUUGGUGGUCAAAUCGUUCCCCCGGAGCUUGCUGGGGUAGCUAACUCGCCUUUCGUGUUGAGAAGGAAAUGGGGCGUAGUCUUGUGCUCGUAACGGAAGCGCGUCAUCCUUGGCAAGUCCAUGCUCGCCUACAUUAGUUUAAGGUGCCCGCAUUUUCCUCUCGUCUGUCCGUGUAUCAGCGCUCAUUUUGCGAGCGGUUGAGUUUGGGGAAGUGCUCGAACAAGAGACAAGCAUGCACAAAGGUGUCACUACAACAGGCCGCUGAGUUAAAGGAGAUAUGGGGCGCAGGAAACAUUGGGCAUUGCGAGGUUACACCACUCGCCGCUAAGUAUGUAAAUUCAUCAAAUGUCUCGUGUGCAUUCCUGUGUACAUCAGACGCCAGUUUCGUACAAUUGAUCUUGUACGCACUGGGUACUUGUUAAUUACGAGUGUGAUGUUUUGCCCCACACGAAUUGCGCAGGCCCUCGAUGUGAGUACACUUGUGAGGACUCCGUUUCCGGAAGAAUAGUCCGCGUCGGUUUUUGUAUCGUCGUGCCCUUGUUGUCGGUUACCUUUGCUUGCUUGUUUGGGCGAGAAAAGACUGCUGUUAUUAACAUAUCAGCGUUAGCCCGUCGCCACAUGGGUACGAGUAAUUUAUUGCCGUCUGAAAUGUUCCAGGGGGAAAAGCCGACGAGGAGACGAGUGCCGUUGGAGAGGGGUUGCGGGAGUUCUUUGUUGUUGCUUUGUACCAUUAGGAAGCGGUGGCUGGAACUACGGUGUAGGCUGUACGCACUGGCAACGCUUCACGUGUGUUUGAACUCUCGGUGCCUGGCGCGUGACAGGGCAAAUCGAUUUAACAACGAUACACGUUCUUUGUAUUAACGAAGUGUUCGCUCCGGUUUCUGCCUGCCACGCGGCACAAGAAACUCGUGGUGUUGCGAUAAAUGCACGGGAUGCGCGCACGGGGAUGCUCGGCGGGGACAACGAAAGGUCGUGCACCAUCAUCAGCCAGGGGAGACGGCACAACGUCUCCCAUGCCACCUUCACACUUUUGCAAGGCGGAUAUAUCUUCAACGUUGGCAUGCACGGUCCAGUAGCUCGGCACAAGCGACCCAGGCCUACGACCGAACGCUGACCACGCUUGGGGUAUGGGUUGUAGGGUUUAGUGGCGUCUAGAGCCUCGCGCCAAGGUGUAGCGUGAGCGCUCGUAGCUUUGCUACACCGUAGCUUUGGUGUCGUGUCUGCCUCUAGCCGCAACCCAAAGGCUGCCCUGGAACUGACCGCGAGCAACGUUGGUUGGCGCACAAGCUGGAUCAGGGAAAUGAACCUCAAUUCGUUCAACCACAUCUGCCAGGCGAAGUACGUCCACGAACUUAACAUGAGGUAUCGUAGUGGCCUCCGUAAGCAACGGAACAGACCCCCGUGGCCGGAAUGUAA